UGAGCCAGCGGGAGCCGUGCUCAGCCGGCCCCAGCCAGCGCCCGAGCUCUGAAAUUCGCUCUGCUUGCAGUCUGCCGGGCAGCAGAGCCUCCACACCCCGGUGUCGCUGCAGCAAGAAACCCCCACCUUGCUUGGUACCAGGCAGCAAGGAGGCUGCAGGCAGCAUCAGCUGGCACCAGAACUGCUGAACCCUCAAGACGGAGAUCAGCCACAAGACUUGCUGGGACCUGUACUGACUCCUGCCACACAAGAUGACAGCAAGAGACGGGCCCCAAGAUAGGUACAAGGCUGUCUGGCUGAUUUUCUUCAUUCUUGGUCUGGGAACACUGCUGCCAUGGAAUUUCUUCAUGACUGCCAGGGAGUAUUUCAUCAGCCGCCUUGCAGACCCGGAGAUGAGCCGCUCCUCCAACCAGACGACCUUUUCCCCCUCCUACCUGCAGUCCAUCUUUGACAACUUCAUGACUCUCUGCGCCAUGGUGCCCCUCCUCAUCUUCACCUGCCUCAACUCCUUCAUCCACGAGCGGAUUCCUCAGCAGAUCCGCAUAUCAGGCAGCCUGGUGGCCAUUGGGCUGGUGUUUUUAGUCACUGCCAUUAUGGUGAAGGUUGCCAUGGAACCUCUUCCCUUCUUUGUCUUCACCAUGAUCAGCAUUGUCUUCAUCAACUCCUUUGGUGCCAUCCUCCAGAGUAGCCUCUUUGGGCUGGCAGGACUCCUGCCUGCCAGCUACACAGCUCCCAUCAUGAGUGGGCAGGGCUUGGCAGGCACCUUUGCUGCUUUGGCAAUGAUCUUCAGUAUUGCAAUUGGUGCCCAGCAACCCGAGAGCUUCAUUGGUUACUUCACCACAGCCUGUGUGGCAAUUGUGCUGGCAAUCUUCUCCUACAUCCUUCUGCCUCGUAUGGAUUUCUUCCGAUACUACUCCAUGAAGGACAAGACAGAGUACCACGUGUACAACGCAGAGCUGGAGACCAAGAGAGACUUGAUUAAGAAAGAUGAGCCCAAUGGGAUGGAGCAGAAUAACUCGAAGAUCAUCCCUGUCCACAGCCCUGAUGAGAAGCCCUCGGUCAUUGCUAUUUUCAAGAAGCUCUGGGUCAUGGCUGUGUCUGUCUGCUUCGUCUUCACUGUCACCAUCGGCGUCUUUCCUUCCAUCACAGCUAAUGUGUCCACUGUCCUCGGAGACGGAAACAAAUGGGGUCUCUACUUUAUCCCUGUCUCCUGCUUCCUGCUCUUUAAUGUCUGCGACUGGACAGGACGAAGUUUCACUGCCCUCUUCACAUGGCCUGGGAAGGAUAGCUGCCUCCUGCCAGUGUUGGUGGCCCUCCGUGUCAUCUUUGUCCCUCUUUUCAUGCUGUGCAACGUACAACCCCGUGACUACCUGCCUGUUGUAUUCUCUCAUGACGCCUGGUACAUCAUCUUCAUGAUCAUCUUCUCGAUCUCCAAUGGCUACCUGGCCAGCCUUUGCAUGUGCUUUGGGCCCAAGAAAGUGCUUGCCCACGAAGCAGAGACGGCUGGAGCUGUCAUGACCUUUUUCCUGGCGCUGGGCUUGUCCCUAGGAGCUGGCAUCUCUUUUCUGUUCCGCAUGCUCAUCUAGCAGAGGCGCCUGGAGGGCGCAGGGACACUGAGAGGCAGCUUCGCAUCCUCUGAAGCCCUGGACACCUCUGCAUCAUGGGGACAGAACACCUCGCACCUGCCCCUGCGAAGUCACACUGCCAUGGCAGAUGCUACACCCAGGGACGGUUCCACUCUACAGGGCUGGCCUGGCUCCUGCCAUGCUCAGCUGUGUGAUGCCUUCAGGCCUAUGUGCCUUCUCCUACCCCGUGUCGUGUGUGUGCAAGAGACCCCUGGCAUCUCACAGCAGUCCAACUGCCUCCCAUUUUGCUUUAUUUCCCCAGCUUGUGGCCAAAAGCCAUUCUCGGCCUUCUCUCUGACAGAGUUGAGGGCUGGUAUCCAGUGUUACUCCCUCUUUUACCCUUGUCCCUAUCCCACACAGACACUUGUUCUCUCCUUCCAGAGGACCUGGAAUCAUCCCACACAACUUCUGCUGGUAAAACUUGUAAACAGUGGAGACUCCAGCCAAGCCUUGUCAUCUCUACUCUGCCAGGUGAACAGCAUCCCAAGGACAUAGAUGUCAGAGUCCUACCCAAUACCAUGGCAGUGAGGUCUCCACACUGCAUCCCAAGGACACAUGGACAUCUGAGUCCUACCCAACACCAUGGCUGGGUUGAGGUCUCUGCACCCCACCUUCUCCUGCUCUCAUUGCUGUUGUUCCCUGCAGUUUUCCCCUAGUUUUAUUUCUGCUUCCUAGUUGUGUGACAGGAGGUCCAGCCGUGUGCACUGUUCCUGCGAGAGGCAGCAGCUCCCCACCUAGGCUGCCUUCCCUGUCUGCCUGUGUUGUAGGGGAGGGCCUGACCUCUUCCUUGUUUUUCCCAUCCCUCAUCUGUGUAAAUGUGUCUGUACAGUGGCUGUUUUCUAUAAAAGAAGUUAAAUGCC